AUGCUAGCCUCUGCUAAAAAAAUCUUGAUUCUAGUUCGUUCAAUUUCGUUUUCUAAAUUGCAUUCUCCUUAUCCACUGCCUGAAGUACUUAAUGAAUUCUGGAGAUGCAUGUCAUCGAUGAAAAAUAUGCUACUUUUCCAUAGACAAACAUUAAAUGAAAUAACAAUUGAUUUUCAUUAUAUGAUGAUGAUAUUUAAUUGCCUUGAUAGAAGCUUGAUUUAUCCUAACCAAGUAUUUGAAAGCCCAAGAUAUAAAUUUGAUUCUCAAUUUCUCUUCUCAGAUAAAUAUGUUAAUUAUGGCUUAUUUGAUUUAACAAAACUAAAAUUGGAUGGCAUGAAUCUUAAUGAAAUUGGGUCUGGUGUUUUAAAAUUGAAUAAUUUAAAACAUCUCCAAAUGAGAAGAAAUAACUUCGGCAGUUUAAAAACAACUCAAUUCCCUGAUAAUAUAAAACAUUUGGAUUUAAUUUUGAACGAGAUCACGAGUAUUCAAAAUGUUUUAUUUCCCAAGAACUUAGUUACUUUGUCAUUAACUAGAAACAACAUAAAAACAUUUAGAAAUCUUAUUGGAUGUGAAAAUCUACUCAAACUUGAUUUAUCUUAUAAUUCUAUUACAAAAGUUAGUAAUGUAUCCCAAUUCAAGAAAUUAAGAAUUCUUAACUUGCAGUUUAAUUCAAUCAAAUGUAUCAAAAACUUAAGUGCUUUAUCAAACCUAGAAGAAUUGUAUCUUACUAAAAAUUCAAUUCAAAAUAUUAAAACCCUUAAAUAA